AUGUCUGCUAUAAAGACACCUCAGAGUACAUCACUUGAUACACCUCAGAGUAAAUCACUUGAUACACCUCAGAGUACAUCACUUGAUACACUUCAGAGUACAUCAUUAGAGACACCUCAGAGUACAUCACUUGAUAAACAUCAGGGUACAUCACUUGAAACUUCUCAGAGUACAUCACUUGACACACCUCAGAGUACAUCACUUGAUACACUUCAGAGUACAUCACUUGAUACACCACAGAGUACAUCACUUGAUACACUUCAGAGUACAUCACUUGAUAAGCAUCAGAGUACAACACUUGAUACACUUCUGAGUAUAUCACUUGAUAAACAUCAGAGUAAAUCUCUUGAUACACAUCAGAGUACAUCACUUGAUACACUUCAGAGUACAUCACUUGAUACACCUCAGAGUACAUCACUUGAAAUUGCUCAGAGUACAUUACUUGAGACACCUCAGAAGUUCAUCACGUGA